CCCGCAUGACUUUCCUACUCUCACCCUUUCCCCCGCCACUUCCUCGCCUCCAACUAUAUAUAUCACAACAAAAACAACUGUGUCAUUUCUUCUUUACACCCAAAAACAGAACUAUUAAAAAAAAUUCACCAAUUAUUUUUACUAGUAGUGUAUAUCAAUGGAUGCGUACUGUUCAGACUGUAAGAAGAGUACAGAAGUUGUGUUUGAUCAUUCAGCAGGUGAUAUGGUGUGUUCAGAAUGUGGGCUAGUUUUGGAAUCUCAUUCAAUCGAUGAAACAUCUGAGUGGAGAACUUUUGCUAAUGAGUCAGGGGAUAAUGACCCGAAUCGAGUUGGUGGGCCCAGUAACCCGUUGCUUUCUGAUGGUGGUUUAUCCACUGUGAUCUCUAAACCCAAUGGAACUACCAGUGAUUUCUUGACUUCCUCUUUGGGCCGUUGGCAGAAUCGUGGCUCUAAUUCCGAUCGAUCCCUUAUCUUGGCUUUUAAAGCCAUUGGUGUUAUGUCUGAUAGGUUGGGCCUGGUUGCAACCAUAAAGGACCGAGCUAAUGAGAUUUACAAGAAGGUAGAAGAUCAAAAAUCUAGUAGAGGAAGGAACCAGGAUGCUAUAUUAGCUGCUUGCCUGUAUAUUGCUUGUCGACAAGAAGACAAGCCUCGAACUGUGAAGGAAAUUUGCUCUGUUGCGAAUGGAGCUACAAAGAAGGAAAUUGGCCGAGCAAAGGAAUACAUAGUGAAACAACUAGAGCUCGAGAUGGGUCAAUCCGUGGAAAUGGGAACUAUACAUGCUGGGGAUUUCAUGCGGCGCUUUUGUUCAAAUCUUGGGAUGACAAAUCAAACAGUUAAAGCUGCCCAAGAAGCAGUCAAAAAAUCUGAAGAGUUUGACAUAAGGAGAAGUCCCAUUUCUAUUGCUGCAGCAGUUAUCUACAUAGUCACUCAGCUUUCGGAUGAAAAGAAGCCAGUUAAAGAUGUCUCACUUGCAACUGGAGUUGCUGAAGGCACGAUCCGUAAUUCGUUCAAGGAUUUAUACCCGCAUCUCGCAAAGAUUAUACCAAAUUGGUAUGCCCAGGGUCAAGACCUUAAAAACAUCAGCAGCCCUUGAUUGAUUAAGCGAAUCAUGGCAAGAAGUGACAAACUUUGUGAACCAUACCAAAUGUUGUUUGUGGGAUGAUACAUUGAGGAAAGUAACUGGAUGGAAGUUUCUUUUAUCCCAAGAUGGGGGCUAAUACACAUGAAUUUAUUUAUCUUUCAUUCAACAGAGAAGUGUUAGGCUAGAUGUUCAACUUUAAACUGCAAGUUGUAAAUGCUUUUCUUAAAGUGACUCUUUCUCCAUAGACGUCUAUCUCUGACACUGAGAUUUGAUGUGCAUCAUCUUUUUUAAAGCAACUAAGAGGAUUUUAUAUUUGUUGGAAUUUUUUCUUUUAUCAGGUACAAGUUGAAAAUUUGUAAAA